UGAAGACCAAGGCGAAGAGGAAGAGGAAGCUGAUUGUCGACAACCUGAAAGAGCUGGACAGUAAGUCGAUCCGCGCCCAGCUCAGCGACUACUCGGACAUCGUGACCACGUUGGACCUGGCUCCUCCCACCAAGAAGCUGAUGAUGUGGAAAGAGACCGGAGGAGUGGAGAAACUCUUCUCUCUCCCCGCACAGCCGCUCUGGAACGGCAAACUGCUGAAGGUAAGAGACCGGAGGAGUGGAGAAACUCUUCUCUCUCCCCGCACAGCCGCUCUGGAACGGGAAACUGCUGAAGGUAAGAGACAGGAGGAGAUCAACGCACAGCAAACUGCUGAAGGUAAGAGACAGGAGGAGAUCAACACACAGCAAACUGCUGAAGGUAAGAGACAGGAGGAGAUCAACACACAGCAAACUGCUGAAGGUAAGAGACAGGAGGAGAUCAACGCACAGCAAACUGCUGAAGGUAAGAGACAGGAGGAGAUCAACACACAGCAAACUGCUGAAGGUAAGAGACAGGAGGAGAUCAACGCACAGCAAACUGCUGAAGGUAAGAGACAGGAGGAGAUCAACUCACAGCAAACUGCUGAAGGUAAGAGACAGGAGGAGAUCAACGCACAGCAAACUGCUGAAGGUAAGAGACAGGAGGAGAUCAACGCACAGCAAACUGCUGAAGGUAAGAGACAGGAGGAGAUCAACUCACAGCAAACUGCUGAAGGUAAGAGACAGGAGGAGAUCAACGCACAGACGUGAACACACACACACAGACGUGAACACACACACACACAGACGUGAACACACACACACACACAGACGUGAACACACACACACA